AUAGGAGAACUGACAAGUGCCAACCAUGUACAUCUACAUUUACAGAGGAAAGUGUCCCUUGGAAAGCAAUCAUUUUAUUGGUGCUGUUACUAAAGAUCUGCAUUGUUAUGUUAGCAAUACCACCAGAUGCAUUUAGUGACUCAUAUCUCAGAGAAAUGGUGCAAGUAGAAAAUCUGACUGGAGAUUUUACUCUAUUCUUCAUCAAUGGUGCUAAACUUUCAGUAUAUGACCUCCUAUGGCAUGUACUGCAGUCAUUCCUUGCUGGAUUAGGAAUAUGUUAUAUUGGGGUCACAGUGACCUACUUUGACAGUUUAAAACCAGGGAUUUGUCCUCCAUCACCCUUGUCACCUAGGAAAUAUAGGGCUUUAUCUGGUCAUACAUUCCAUAGCAGCUACAUUAUGGCAAUACUGAAUGGUGCUAUGACAUUCUUCUAUUUAUUGUGGGAGCAGCGAUCUCAGUAUUUUUAGGAGUCAACUGAUUUUUAGUUCAUAUUUUGGAGUCAUAGUACAUGGGUAUUUUUUAUCAUGUGAAUCAUUUAAAUCCCUCCUCCAGAAUACAAGGAUUGGAGUCUGUUUUACACAAUAAAUAAGAUAACGUUUCAGGAUAUAUUUGCUAUUUAUAUUUUAUAAGAUCUAAGAAUGAAACCAUUUUAAUUAAAGUGGAAUAUUUAUUUAUAUGUAUUGUAGUUAC